CCCUCCGCCUAGCGCUGCUCAUUCUCUCCACGAGCUGUCACCCCAGCACUGGCCGCACCGUUCGAGCUGCACGGAAUCGGUGCCUACGCGCUCUCUUACCGAAACAUAAUCUCAAGCACUCUUCUCCCGGUACCGAAAAGAGUGUAUAUCCCCGUAGGUGGCUGCGAUAGACACACUUAUAGUGGGUCGUGACGGAGUUUGAGGCCGCAGAGUAAAGGUGGUAUCCUCCCAUCAGAGAGACACUCUCUCUUCAUCCAUAUACUGACAGCGCUGGACCCCAACGAGGGACAGCAGCAACGAGUAGAGCAAGACAGCUGGAAGCAACCGGAACUUCAUGCCCAGCACGGUGUGCCCUGGCUAGGGUGAUGCUGUGGCCUGUCUGCGGGGAUAGCAGGGGCCUGGGGCAGCUGUGGAUAUAUGGCUAACUCUGUCUUUUCUGCCAAGAGUAAGGCAGCUAGCUGUGAAGAGAAGAGGAGGAGAGGAGAGGAGGAGGAGGGAAGUAGCUAAAUUUGAGAGCUCCGGGAAGACCUGGAUUUCCAGUGUGGAUGUAAAGCUCUCAUUACUUGUCUAAAGGGAUAUUUACUGAAUCUCUGAGAACUGUUUCCCUGAGCACAAAUCCUAUUUAUUAUAAGGUCUAAUUUAUUCAACUCCAGGUAUAGACUAAGGUUUUUUUGCAUAUACAGUCCUGUCAUUGUUUACCUGAAGGCAUCUAAAAAGCCCAACUGUUUUUUCUACAAAAACAAAUAUAUUUUCACUAUAUUUGGGCCAGUUGCUGUAUACCCUGCGUGGAGGCCUAGCGGAGAGACGUGUCUCGUGGUAUCCCUAGCAACGCGCGGGUGGUAACCAUGGCGGCGGCGUACCGCGUGGUGGUGAGCAGUGUGAGCUGCUACAGCAGUGUGGUGGUGGACCGGCGUUCCCACAGCCAUGCCGUGCACUACUGCUCUGGGCCAUGUGGGGCGCUGUCCCAGGGCCUUGACUGUACCGUGGCCCACCACAGCACCUGCUCUGAACUCCUCACCUGCCCCGACCCAGGGCGACACGCCCACGCACCCUCCCGCAACCCCCCCGCCGCCAGCCCCACCCACCACGCCAAAUAUGGGGUUUCCAUGGAAACAGGGUGUAACGGGGGCAUGUGGGAGGAUAGCCCCCCGGUGGCGGGGUAAGAAGGCAGCGGGGGGUGGGUGCGGGGUCCGGGGGGGGGGUCUGUGGUGGUUGUGGGGGGUGGGCCGACUCCCUCGGGGAGCCUGAAGGACAUCACUGGAGAGGCCAUCAACCUGGCCAGCGGCAAGCUCAAGGAGUUCUCCUUCGAGAAGCUCCGCCUUUCCUCUAGCCACGUCACCUUCCGGAAGGGUCGCAAGGUCCGACCCGACUCCUUCAGCCGGCGCUCCACCGACCUGGACAUCAUCUAUGGCCACUUCUCCUCCAACGCCGCCCCCCCGCCCCCGCCAACGACGAGAAACCAGCCCCCAUUCGGCCCAGGCAAGAGCGUGGGGGCGGAGGAGUGCAAGCCCAAGUCAUCCGGCCUAUUGUCAGCAUCAAAGGUGGGCGGCGGCUCCACGGGCAGCCUAUCGAGUGUGUGCAGUGGCUCGCUGGAGGCGGGACUGAACACGGUGGCGUCGCUGUACCUCAGCACCCUGGGCGAGGAGAACCUGAUCGCCCGGUUGCUGGAGAAAACCCGCGGGGAAUCCGGCGGCGCCGGCGGCGAGGACAUCCGCGCCUGCCUGGACAUCCUGCUCAAGUGCUCCGAGGACCUGAAGAAGUGGACGGACAUCAUCAAGCAGUGCAUCCGCCGCAAGGCGCCCGGCAGCGGCGAGGAUGGCGGGGUCAGCCCGGAGACGAUGUACCAAGCUGUGAUGAGCAGGCUGAGCUCCUACCUGAAGAGGCUGCCCCUGGAGCUGGAGGGGGGGCUGCAGGGCUGGGGGCCGGGGGGCCAGGGUGCCGGGGGCGGCCAUAGUGAGCUUGCAGAACUGGUCAGCAGUCUCCACUCCCUUCAGACUCAGGGGAGCUUCUCGCCCAUGUUCGGGAACGAGCAGCCCCCUCGGUAUGAGGAUGUGGUGCAGUCUCCCCCUCUUCCGAAAGCCGCCCUGCCCUCCACCUCCUCCUCCCCUCCUCCCGCCUCCUCCUCUGCAUCUGUCUCCUCCUCCACCACCAAGGUUGUGUCUGGAUCCGGCCACAAGCCAAACCAGAACCCCACUUCCAGAACGGCUCCUCUUUCGAAUGGCCUGCAGCACGCGCCACACACGCACUCCCCUUCAACGCACGCAACCACUCCGUCCGUCUCCCCGCCCGCCCCUGCUCACGGCACCUCCAUCCCCUCCUCUACCCCUCCACACGCUCCCCCUGUUUCCCACAUGGAGCCGCUGUACAUAGAGGAGGAUCAGACCAGGCCAGGGGCCAGGGCCCCAUCCCGGCAAGGUCCCCUGGCCGACACGCCACACACAGUCAGCGGGGCACCGGGGGCACCGUUGAACCCCCGUGUGCCACACGUGGCCCCCGGCGCCUUCUGCCGAGGCCCUGUUGCACCCCCCCCGCCCUGUCCCCCCUGCCCAGCCCCUGCCAUCAGUCCAAGAGAGGACGACAUAGACAAGCUGCUGCUCGACCUGGAGAAACUCUCUCAGAGCAUGAGUCCUGAGAAGGAAAGGGGGAAGGAGCCCCCCCUUCCUGCCAAAACUAGGCAGAGAUGGGGGGCCCAGGGGGGUGCCCCCCCACAGGCACCCCCACCCACCCAGCCCCCGGAGCCUGUUAGCCACCUAGCUGCUAACGGACAGUCCUCCAGACCUCUGGCCGUGGCGGCUGUUGCUCCCCAAGGAGGGUGCACCGAGGCUGGGGCCGGCGAGGAGGAGGACGGGGCCUUGCUGAUGAGGAUCCUGGAGAGCAUCGAAAGCUUUGCCCAGGAGCUGGUGGAGUCCGGGGUCGGCAGUGGGAGUGCUGGGAAAAGCAGCGGGAAGGAGAAGGAGGUGAUGAGGCUGUUGCAGGACACUCUGGCCCCAGGGGCCAAGGUGGACACCCCCCCAGCUACACCUGUGCCCUGGCCUGUAGACCCAAAACUAGUGCCCUUGCCUGGACCCAAAUCUGAACCUCCAUGCUCAGCCCUCCCCAGAUCCAGCCCCAUACCACCAGCUCAGGCUGCACCUGAACCACUAACUGGGUCUACUCCUGGAGCCGUCAUACCUACUCCAGCCCCUGAACCCCUACCAGCUGCCCCUGCCUCUGCCUCAGUCUUUGCCACUGCCCACACCCUUAUCCCAACCCUCGCCCAUGUAUCCCCUCCAACCCCUUCUGCCUCUGUUCCUACCCUGGCCACUGCCACAGCCCCAACUACUACCCCUACCUCUACUCCUACUCCAGCCCCUGCCCAUGUCCUACAGACUUCUGCAGUCUCAAUUCUUGCCCCUGCCUCUCCCCCAGCCUCAGCCCCAGCCGCUGCCCUCACCUCUACCACUUUCUCUACCCCUGCCCCCAGCCAUUGCCUCUACUCCUGCAUAGUUAUGGCCCCAGCCUCUGCCUCUGCCCCAGGCCAUGCCCCUGCUAUAGCUUCCACCAUAAGCCCUGCCCCAGCCACUGUUUCUACCCCUGUCUCAGCCACUGCCUCUACCCAUGCCUCUAUCCCUGCCUCUACCCCUGCCACCAUUUCUGCACCAUCGUCCGAGGAGGCCUCAGCACCUAUCAGUAUCCCUGCCCCGGUUGCUGAGAAGGGCACGGCUGUCGGCUCCAUUGCCAUGAUGGAAUGUGGCUCGACGCUUCUCAUCCAGCAGUCUCCUGAGGUUAUCAGAGUCCAGUGUAAGACAGAGAAGAAACCAGGCACCCCCCCACCGGCCCCCACCCCAGCCCCCUCUACCCCCGUCCCCCGCUCACCCAGCCCCCCCCCUGCUCCGGUGGUGGUGACCCCCCCGCCUCCCUCCGUCAACAUUCCGAGGUUCUACUAUCCCCGGGGGCUGCCUGGCCCCGCCCCCAACCACGACGUCGCCAUAGCGUCCGUAGAGGCGGCCUUCAGCGAGUUUGAGGAGGAGAAAGCUGACAUCUAUGAGAUGGGCAAGAUUGCCAAGGCAUGCGGGUGUCCUCUCUACUGGAAGGCCCCCAUGUUUAACGGCGCAGGCGGAGAGAGGACAGGAUUCGUCUCGGUCCACUCCUUCAUCGCCACCUGGAGAAAGUUGUUGCACAGUUGCUAUGACGACUCGUCAAAGUUCAUCUCCCUGCUGGCCAAGCCAAGCUGCAUCUACCUGGACCAGGAAGACUUCAUCCCUCUACUGCAGGACAUAGUGGACACCCACCCAGGGCUUACGUUUUUAAAAGACGCUCCAGAGUUCCAUUCUCGCUACAUUACCACGGUGAUCCAGCGGAUAUUCUACACAGUGAACCGAUCAUGGACGGGACGCAUCACCAUGACGGAGCUCCGGAGAAGCAACUUCCUGCAGACUUUAGCCUUGCUGGAAGAGGAGGAUGACAUUAACCAGAUAACAGAUUAUUUCUCCUAUGAGCAUUUCUAUGUCAUCUACUGUAAGUUCUGGGAGCUCGACACCGACCAUGACCUCUACAUCGACCCCAAAGACCUGGCUCGCUACAAUGACCACGCUUCCUCCAACAGAAUCAUUGAGAGGUUGUUCUCAGGAGCAGUCACAAGGGGCAGUUCUGUCCAGAGAGAAGGCAGGAUGAGCUAUGCUGAGUUUGUGUGGUUCCUCAUCUCUGAAGAGGACAAGAAAAACCCCACCAGUGUAGAGUACUGGUUCCGCUGUAUGGACGUGGACGGGGACGGGGUUCUGUCCAUGUUUGAGCUGGAGUAUUUCUACGAGGAGCAGUGUGACAGGAUGGAGGGGAUGGGCAUCGAACCCCUGCCCUUCCAGGACCUGCUCUGUCAGAUGCUGGACCUAGUCAAACCUGAAAGCCAAGGGAUGAUCACCCUGAGGGAUUUGAAGCGGUGUCGGAUGGGUCACAUUUUCUUCGACACGUUCUUCAACCUAGAGAAGUACCUGGACCACGAACAGAGAGACCCCUUCGCUGUGCAAAAGGACAUAGAGAGUGAAGGUCCAGAGCCGUCAGACUGGGAUAAAUAUGCAUCCGAAGAGUAUGAGAUCCUGGUUGCAGAGGAGACGGCCAAUGAGCAGCUGCAGGACGGGUCGUUUGAUGAGGACUAUGAGUCGGACGAUCUUCCUGUUCCUGGGGACAUUGGGAAUAAGAUGGAUAAACUGGUCUUAUCUGACCUGUCAGCUUGAUCUCCCUUGGCCGCCCGGUCGCCAUGGAAACAUAGAGCGAAGACUGGAGUGGAGGGGAGAGAGGGACAGCGUGAAGGAUGGACAGACCGAGAGACGGAGGGAUGGAUUCUGGAAGCUGCUUUGCAGACUUGUUUCUUCUCAGAACAGAAUGACUUAGAAGUGUGUGAGUGAGUGUGUGCGUGAGUGUUUGCAUGUGCAAGUGUGCAUGUGUGUGUGUGUGAGUGUGUGAGUGAGUGUGUGCGUGUGCGUGCGUGAGUGUGAGUGCGUGUAUGAAGCAGAACAGCUUGGUGUCAUAUCUCUACAUGUCACAGUCGCUCUCUCUUCAUGCUUUUUGACUCUCUACCUGCUGUACAGCUCAGAUAGACAGAGGUGGAGAGGGUGAACACGAGACAAAUAUAAAGGGCUGAGAGAGAGAGGGAACUACUGUUACAGACAGGAGACAAGUUUAACAUUACUGUAACACGUUGAUGCAACUGACAAUCAGCUAUUUGACAAUCCGUCCCCCCUCACGAACAUGGCUGUCCUAACUGAUAUUACAGACAGACAGAUGCAUUUGAAGCCUACUGUGCACUACAUUCAUUUAUUCAGUUUAAGUAUAAAGUGUAUAGGACUAUAUGUCGCUGUCUCUUACAGUGACUGAGUAUGAGGGUUGCCUGAUCGCGGCUCUACCAUGUGGUCACUGACAAUACUGCAGGUUUCCCCAGUCACCCACCUCUACAAUAUGGAGACCAGACUGGUGUUCAGUGUCAAGGGGAAAAAAUGACGAGGGAGUUCUCGGAACAGGUCUGUUCUAUUCUUAGCAUCUCAUUGUCAGUGUUCUACUUUUGAAAGCCUUUGGGGCUUUCGAGAGAACGUUCUGGAUUUUUACUAUCCAUUCAUUCAUUUCAAGACGUUUAUUCUCUCAAGGUAGAUUGUACAUAGACGGAGGUAUCGGACUCUCUGGUAGAGUAUACGCAUAUCCCUGUAGACACUUUACUUUAGAUGUGCUUAUGACUGUGUUUUAAUAGCCCGAAAGAGGAAGUGCAUGUUUUAGUCUUAGUUAACUGUGGUACCUGGGUCAUUUAUGAGGUCUGGUAAAAAAAAGGACAUUUAUAUCAGCCCUUUACCAGGAAGGACUAGUUCAGUUUGAUUUGAAUGAACUUUCUUUCAAAUCUACACUCCAUAUAAAAAAAUGUGACGGAUACUCCACUCUGUCAAGCACACACACACACUCCUCUAGAAUACUGUUGACUCUACUGUAAGACUGUAAUCAAAGAAGGUGUGUGUAUGUGUGUAUACUGCAGAGAUGAGUGUGUGUUGACGUGUAGAUCCUUGGUAGAUGUAUGUGUGAAGGAGUGUGUUGACUAUCUGACUGAGUCUGUUCAUAGAACAUUGUUUCCAUGGAGACAGUGUUCCCAGAGCUAUUGCGUGUGUUUUUGGUUCUCUUUGGCCACACACACGCACACCAACACACAAACACACACACCCACACGCACAAGAGUCAUAGUGGCCCUCAAGUGGCUGCUUAGCCCUGUGCUAUAGCCAUUGUAAAUGUGCCCAUGUAUUUAACUCUGUUUGGCUCAAAUGUCAUCGUAAAUGUUACGUUUUCUCCCAUGUGAUGCUUUGUAUUGAUGUGCCACUGUGUGGCUUGUAGGACGUUAAAUUAUGAAAUGUGUGUUUGUGUGUGUGUGUGAGGUGUAAAAUGAUGAUGUCAUCAGAGCGGUGGUGUGGGGGGCUUUCUAAAGGACUGUAGAGCACCCCCCCCCCCCACCGAAUUUGACAAUCAGGUGUCAAUCACUGGGACAUUGAGAAAAUGGAAUCAAGGCCCAAGAAUGAUCCUGUACUGCUGUAGAUACACACACCCUUACACACUCACACACACACACGCACACACACACUGGGGGGAGAGUCAUGCUGACGGAUUCUAAAGAGGAACCACAAACUUGAGACGUUUUCAAAUCUGUGACUUGUCUCUGUGUUGUUUUUGGCUCUAUGCAAAGACUGCUGUGCUGACAGGCACUGGGGCAGGGACAGAAGCCAAGAUGGAGUUGCCUGCAAGACGCUUCUGGAAGGACUUUUAGCUUAUUCCUCAGUGUCCCUCUUUGAGGACUUUUAAUGUGUAAUUCUCUCUGUUUAGAGGACUUUUAAUUUGUGUUUUCCCUUCAUCUUAUGUACUUCCUCCUUGGAGACUUGAGUAGAUUCAGACGAGUUCAGACCAGAUGGUUCUUGUGUUGGCAUGGUUUUACUUUUUUUCUUUCUCUUUUUAUCUCCUUCUUCCUGUCUUUUUUUCUUUUUCACUCUUUUUUUCUUAACUUCUGUCCUUUCUAACUAACUUUCUUUCUUUCUUUCUUAACUUUUAUCUUUUUUUUUUGAUUCUUCUGAAACUGAGUUCAAAUAAAGACGUUUUAAAAUUG